ACCUUCAUAUUCUGAUAAAUACAGUAAAGUUAGAAUAACUGAGUCCUCCCAGCAUUAAUGUUACUGGAUGGACCUUCUGCUGCGUCAGAAUCUGACCAAAGCUGUUAACCCAGAAUCUCCUGAGCUGAACUUCUAUGUUUGUCAUGUUUGAAAGCCCUCCUUCAGAUGAAAUGAUGAAAACGUCAAAUUAUAUAUAUUUAAGUUACAAAACUGAAAUGGCACCAAAUAGAUUGACCUUUUUAAUCCUUUCUGGACAAUCGUCCAGAUGUUUCCAUUGGUGAGUGGAUCCUGUCAAUCAUGUCAGUCUUGUGUCAAUCUGUGGAUCUGAAAUCACAGAAGAUCCACACAACUCCAGUUUACAGUUUCUAUUCGGCUUCACACCUUGAAAGUCUUGUUUUUUUUAAAAGGGAAACCGAAAGUUCUGCAACCGUUGCUCCCACCUGCCAGGUGCCCCGUCCCCGCCUCCUUUGAGCGCAGGCCCCUCCCUGUGAGGUGAGCGCACGGGGAGGGGCCCCUCACCUGUCCGCGCGCUCACUGUCGGCCAUGGAGCGGACGGCGCGCGGUCUGGGCCGCUGCAGGUGCAGCUUCUGGCUGGCCGUGGCCUUCGACGCGGUGGGGGUGUGCGUGCUCAUGCUCGGCGUGUUCGUCAACGUUUCCUUCUACGACCUGCUGAUCUACGCGGGCGCCAUCAUCAUCUUCCUCAGCCUCAUCUGGUGGGUCUUCUGGUACUCCGGGAACAUCGAGGUGCCCCCCGCCGAGCUGGAGGACGACGUGGGCCUGCUGAAGAAGAACAGGGGCGGGCUCGGGGGGGUGGUGAGGCGCCUGUCCAGCCACGUGACCGCCGGCAUCCGAAACUCCCUGCGCCGGAGCGGACCCCCCCCUGGCCGCACCCAGAGGCCGUCCGCCAGCCAGCAAGAGGGUCAGGUGGCCGUUGCCAUGGCACCCAUUGACCCGCAAGGAGCCCAGCAGCAUGACGCCGAGAGUCCGCCCACAUAGCAGAGUCUGGACCGAUGACCGGAGGAUGCGGUUCUGUCUAGCUGGAGCCGGUCCGACAGUGGGAUGCUGCAGCGGGACGGCGGUCUGGACAGAGUCUGACUUUGUUUUCUUCAGGAUCUUUUACUUUUGAGAACAUUUGAUUCAAAGUUGGAAGAUGAAUUUAUGUGAAAUGCUUGAUUGGCCGUUUGCUGCAGGUGUAACGUCUAACCCAGCCAUCAUUAAAUCAUGAGAAACUUUGGGAUUCUAA